UGCUCAAGUUAACUGAACACUAAUAUCGGGACACCACAUGGACAACGACUAUUUCUCGAUAGAUGCCAUCCUUGCCGAGAACCAGAAGAUACAAUGCACUUUCAAAGUCGACGUUCCGGAGGUGGGCCAUCUGGGCGGAGGCAACGACCGCGAUAUAAAAGCUCCUGCUAAACUACCGAUUCCCAUCUGGUUGGCCUACAUCAUACUUCUCUCGGAAUGGGCUGACUUGACCAUUCCCGCACCUUUUGGUCCAAGAGUAAGAAAUGCACUCAAGGCAGAACCACGCAGCGUUAGGCUAUCUACCCUGGUGGGAGCUGGUGGCCUUUGGUAUGGCUUCGGAAAGAUGAUCAUGGAUAUAUUAGAUGAUGAACAAGCAAAUAUAAUGUCUGACGUGUUGACAAAGAGGUCAUUGACCAAGCACAGCAUUUCGCAACACUGGGUGCGUCGGGUGUCGCGGGGCCCGCGGUAGACGCCGCGCAAUCUUUUAGGGAGGGGCUGGACGGGACGGAAAGAGAAUUGUUCGCACUGGCACAGGAAAGU